CCUCGCCGUGAGGACGUCACUACUCGCGCCUUCCCGCGCAGUCAGUCAGCGUCCAGACUUCUGAGGAGUUCACGGUCUUUCUCAUGUUUACACAACCGUGAGUUCAGCGGGUUCAGCGCUGUUUGUGUGUUUGCUGACUCAAACACUCAGAACAGCAGGCAACAAGCAUAUCUGCUGCUUCCACACAGAAAUUCAUGUUCAGUGAAGCUCCUCCCACAACAAUCACAUGGUCAGUGAUUUCAACAACAGAUACUGGUAUUUUCCCAUCAGUUUACAAGUGCAGCGAGCAUCAGACCAUCAGGAAGAAAUGGAAUAUAUAAAGACUGAGUUUAUUAAAGAAGAAAGUGAGAACAUGAGUGAUCCAGAACCCUAUAGAAUCAAACACAUUGAAGAACGGAGAGACUUUAAAGAAGAGAACGAGGAGAGUGAAGUGGAGGAGAAACAUCAUGUCAAACCUGAAGAAAAACCUCUGAGUGACCUGCAAACUAAAAACAAAUUCUUAAAUGAAAAAAGAGCUGAGAAAUCCAUCACCUGUACUCAGUGUGGAAAGAGUUUCGCAUACAAACAAAGUCUUAAAAACCACAUGUUGACCCACACGGGAGAAAGACCACACAAAUGUGAACAAUGUGGAAAGAGUUUCACGCGUUCAACAUAUCUUAAAGAACACAUGAUCAUCCAUACAGGAGAAAAAACACACAUUUGUGAUCAGUGCGGCAAGAGCUUCACACGCAAACAAAUUCUUAAAAACCACAUGAUGACCCACACGGGAGAAAGACCACACAAAUGUGAACAAUGUGGAAAGAGUUUCAUUAAGUCAUCAUCCCUUAAAGGACACAUGAGGGUUCACACUGGAGAAAAGCCGUAUGCAUGUGAUCAGUGUGGAAAAAAAUGUCUUGGAUCAUCAUCCCUGAAGAGACACCUGACAGUUCAUAUAAAGGAGAAGCCUCAUUCAUGUUCUUCAUGUGGAAAGAGUUUUACACGGUGGCGAAGUUUUAAAUCACAUCAGAAAUCACAUACUGGUGUAAGACAAUAUAUCUGCUUUGAGUGUGGGAAGACUUUUAUUUCGGAAUCCCAUUUAAAACAGCACCAGAUAACUCACACUGGAGAAAAACCACACAAGUGUUCACACUGCGACAAGAGAUUCAGUCUGUCAGGAAAUCUGAACAGACACGAGAGGAUCCACACUGGAGAGAAACCACACGUGUGUGAUCAGUGCGGGAACAGCUUCAGACACAAGGAAAGUCUUAUAAACCACAUGAUUAUCCACACGGGAGAGAAGCCACACACAUGUGAUCAGUGUGGAAAGAGUUUCACGCGUUCAUCAACUCUGAAAAUACAUAUGAGGCUACACACCAGAGAAAAGCUGUACGCGUGUGAUCAAUGCGGCAAAACAUUUCUUGAAUCCUCAGUCCUAAAGAAACACCUGACAGUUCAUAUGGAGGAAAAGCCAUAUUCAUGUUCUUCAUGUGGAAAGAGUUUUUCCCUGCUGCAAACUUUAAAAUCACAUCAGAAAUCACAUACUGGUGUAAGAGAUUAUGUGUGCUUUGAGUGUGGGAAGACUUUUAUUUUGGAAUACAAUUUAAAACGGCACCAGAGGAUUCACACUGGAGAGAAACCUUACAAGUGUUCACACUGUGAAAAGAGAUUCACUCAGUCAGCACAUCUGAAAACACAUGAGAGGAUUCACACUGUAGGCAUGAUUAGUGACAGUACAUUUACGUUAUAUUACAUUGUGAACUAGAUGAACCCUAGAGAGAGAUCCCCUGCCAAGACUGCGUUAACUAGUCAGCCAUCGGGUCAAGACCACAGGAACCAACCAAGCCCUCUGCACAAUCAGAACUGUGUUGCAGGCUGGAAUUAAACCACACCAUGCUGGUUUCAUCUGAGCUUAAUUUUUCCCAAGGUUUUUUCUCCAUUUUGUCAUUGAUGGAGUUUUGCUUCCUUGCCACUGUCACCUUUGGCUUCAUUACCAUAUUUUUCGGACUAUAAGUCGCACCUGAGUAUAAAUCGCAUCAGUCCAAAAAUACGUCAUGAUGAGGAAAAAACAUAUAUAAGUCGCACUGGACUAUAAGUCGCAUUUAUUUAGACCCAAGAACCAAGAGAAAACAUUACCGUCUCCAGCCGCGAAAGGGCGCUCUAUGUUUUCAGUGGUAGACUACAGGAGCACAGAGCAGCAUAGAGCGCCCUCUCACGGCUGUAGACGGUAAUGUUUUCUCUUGGUUCAUGUCUCUUAGUUCAUUUCUCUUGGUUCACGUCAAAUUAAUUUUGAUAAAUAAGUCGCACCUGACUAUAAGUCGCAGGACCAGCCAAACUAUGAAAAAAAGUGCAACUUAUAGUCCGGAAAAUACGGUAGUUGGGGACCGAUUGCAGAGACAUUACUGAAAGAGAGCUGAACUGAAUGAUGAUUUCACUGCAUUUGUUACGGAGCAGAAAUAUCAUGUUUUAUAUUAGUGAUGGAAAAGAUAUUACAAUACCUCUGUAGGCUAAAAUCUGUCACACUAGUUACAGUUGCUGUUUUUAUAAAGGUGUAGUUACUUUUGUUACAUGUAGAAUUUCACAUCGGAGACUCACUCUUGGGACAAACAUUUAAGCAAAGUAUUUUCUGGUUGAGAAUAAAAAAAGACUUAAAGCAAAUAAAAAUGGUAGUGAAUUGAUUAAAUUAUUUUAAAACAU